AUGGCGGAUUUUUUGGUUGAAAUAACAGGAGACCCAGGCGAAGACAUAGGUACACGGUGGAAGCUCCAUGUGGACGGAGCCUCCAACCAGACCUUCGGAGGAGCCGGGAUCAUCCUAGAAAGUCCAAACGGGGUCGUAUACGAACAGUCGGUCAGAUUCGAGUUUCCCAUCUCGAACAACCAAGCAGAAUACGAAGCCCUCAUAGGAGGCUUGACCCUAGCAACAGAGGUCGGCGCAAAAAGGCUGGAAGUAUGCAGCGAUUCCCAAGUCGUCACUUCCCAAGUAAACGGCAGCUAUCAAGCCAAGGACCCCUUGUUGCAGAAGUACUUGGAAAAGGUCAAAGGCUUAGGCCAAAAGUUCGACGAGGUCACGGUCCAGCAUGUACCCAGGGAAAGGAACACACGAGCAGACCUCCUAUCAAAAUUAGCCAGCACGAAGCCAGGGGAGGGAAACCGGUCUCUCAUCCAAGGCAUGACAUGGGAACCCGCAAUUGCACUACACAUAACAACCCUAAGUUCUUCAUGGCUAGACCCCAUCACCAACUACCUAGAACACGGCCAAGUCCCUGAUGACGAGAAGGAUGCGGUGAAAUUAAGAAGAGAAGCGGCCAAAUACGCCGUCAUCCAAGGACAGCUGUUCAGAAAAGGGCUCAGCCAACCCCUACUGAAGUGCCUACACCCCGACCAUACGGACUACGUCCUCAGGGAAGUCCACGAGGGUUGCUGUGGGCACCACAUCGGAGGAAAAGCCCUAGCAAGGAAGUUGAUCCGAGCUGGGUACUACUGGCCGUCGAUGAUGGCAGAUUCCAAAGAGUUUGUCAAAAAGUGCAUAAAGUGCCAACAGAACGCCAACUUUGCCAAGGCACCGGCAAGCGAGUUGAGCUUGUUGACGACUUCCCGACCGUUCGCACAGUGGGGAAUCGACCUCUUAGGGCCCUUCCCUGUCGGCCCUGGGCAGGUCAAAUAUCUCGUGAUAACACGGUUCGGGAUACCAGAAGUCGUCAUCUCGGACAACGGCACCCAAUUUGCCGACAAAAAGUUCACAGAAUUUCUCAACGGCCUAGGUAUAAGGCAAAGGUUCUCUUCGGUAGAACACCCUCGGACGAACGGACAAGUGGAGUCCGCCAACAAGGUUAUCCUUUCAGGGCUAAAGAAGAGGUUGGACAACAAAAAGGGUGCUUGGGCCGACGAGCUGGCAUCGGUCCUCUGGUCUUAUCGAACAACCGAGCAAUCCUCCACCAAGGAAACCCCUUUCCGAUUAACGUACGGGGUGGACGCAGUAAUACCCGUGGAGAUCGGUGAACCGAGCCCGCGAUUGCUUUUAAAAGGAGUAGAGGAAACUGUAGAAAAGGACCUGAUAGAUGAAGCCCGGGAAAUGGCCCAUUUGACGGAAACAGCGCUAAAACAAAGAAUGGCUCUGCGCUACAACACCAAAGUGCUCAAGAGGGACUUCGAGCCUGACGACCUCGUCCUGAGACGGAACGAUAUCGGCUUGCCGACCCCCGGAGAAGGCAAGCUAGCGGCAAACUGGGAAGGCCCUUACAGAGUAAAAAAGGCGAUGGGAAAAGGAGCCUUUAAGUUAGAAAGGCUCGAUGGCAAGGAGAUAAACCACCCCGUCGUGACUAACGACGACGUGCGACCCGGGACUGAUCACCCCGGGAAGCCGUCAACCACCGUUGUAACAAACAACUACACGAAAAGCCACGGGCCACCGGAGCAAACGACAAAUAUAAACCAGAACGGUUAA